AUGGAGGGUCUCGUCUUCAAUGUUAACAAUGGCUACAUCGAGGGGAUUGUCCGGGGGUAUCGGAACAGCCUGCUCACCGGCCAGAACUACUCCAACUUGACCCAAUGCGAAAACAUCGAUGAUGUCAAGUUACAACUCGCCCCUGCCUAUGGCGACUUCCUCGCCGCACUACCUCCCAACCCCUCCACAUCUGCCCUCGCUGGUAAGAUGACGGACAAGCUCGUAGCGGAAUUCCGCUACCUCCUCGCCCAGGCCACGGGGUCUACCGCCAAGUUCCUGCAAUACCUGACAUACGGAUACAUGAUCGACAACAUUGCUCUUCUGAUCACCGGCACCUUGCACGAACGGGACACGCGAGAGCUCCUGGAGCGCUGCCAUCCCCUAGGGUGGUUCGAGACCUUGCCGGUGCUAUGCGUCGCCACCAACAUCGAGGAACUGUACAAUUCCGUGCUGAUAGAAACACCAUUGGCGGACUAUUUCAAGGGGAGUCUCAGCCACCAGGACUUGGACGAACUGAAUAUCGAAAUCGUGCGCAAUACGCUCUAUAAGAACUACCUCGAGGACUUUCACAACUUCGUCAACACCCAUCCGGACUUCAAGGGUACUCCUACGCAAGAGGUCAUGUCUGAGCUGUUGCAGUUCGAGGCCGACCGUCGUGCAAUCAACAUCACUCUGAACUCAUUCGGCACCGAGCUCUCGAAGCAGGAACGGAGGAAGCUGUACCCCGAGUUCGGGAAGCUCUACCCUGAGGGGUCUCUGAUGCUGUCCCGCGCCGACGACCUCGAAGGCGUGUCUUUGGCCGUGAGUGUGAAUGCCGACUACAAGGCCUUCUUCGACGCAGUUGGUCUCAGCCAGGGCGGCGGUGGAGGCUUCGGGAUGGGUGGCAGCUCAGAUGGGAAGAGUCUGGAGGAUCUAUUCUACCAAAAGGAAAUGGAGUUGUGUAAGAUUGUCUUCACGCGCCAGUUCACCCCGGCGGUGGUAUACGCCUGGAUGCGCCUCAAGGAACAGGAAAUCCGAAACGUCACCUGGAUCGCGGAGUGCAUCGCGCAGAACCAGAAGGAGAGAAUCGGAAAUUUCAUUUCUGUCUUCUAA